AUGACCACUCACAUCCCCACCAACCCGCUCGACGAGAGCUUCAAGAAUCUCGUCCACGAAACCCUAACCCAAUGGCACGUCCCAGGCAUAUCAAUCGCCGUAGUCGACGGCGACAACACCUGGGCCGAGGGCUACGGCACCGCAACCUUCCCCUCGACCCCAGUCACGCCCUCCACACUCUUCUACGCCGGCAGCACCACCAAAGCCUUCACAGCAGCCAUCCUCGCCACGCUCGUCACCGACAACACUAACUAUCCACAAGUACAAUGGGACAUGCCCAUCAGCGACCUCAUCCGCGAGGACUUCGUCCUGCACGACCCCCACGCAACCAGCCACACGACCAUCGAAGACGCCCUCUCCCACCGAUCAGGACUCCCCCGUCACGACCAAGCCUACGGCAACCAUCUUCCCCGAGACACCGCGGUGCGGGAAAUCGUCCGCCAGCUACGCCAUCUCCCACUGACUGCCCCUCCCCGCACCAAAUUCCAAUACUGUAACCUCAUGUACGUCGCAGCCACCCACAUCAUCGAAACCCUCACCGGAGAAUGGCUGGGCGAUAUUCUGGCCCGGGAAAUCUGGCACCCACUGGACAUGACAGCCACGUUUUUCGAUCUCGAUGACGCAAAACAAGCACCCGAGGAUCUGGCACGUGGCUAUUACCACUCCGUCAACGAGGACACAUACCACGAGGUAGAUUGGAUGCCGUGCAACGAGAUCUCAGGCGCGGGUGCAGUCAUCACUAAUGUAUUGGACUACGCGAAGUGGGCGCGGGCUUUACUCGACCAGACCGAGCCGUUAUCGCAGGCCGUGUAUAAGGCUAUUUGGGAGCCACGGACGCUGGCACCUUCCGGGGAGCCGUUCACGGGUCCGACCGCGUAUGCUCUUGGAUGGUGGACGGGUUUUUACCAAGGUGUGCAGUAUUAUGAGCAUACGGGGGGCGUGAAUGCGUUUGGGGCCGAGUUGAUUCUAUUUCCGGCUUUGCGGUUCGCGGUGAUCGCGUUGGCGAAUACGGCUGGGACGUCGAAUUAUGCUGAGAAGGCGCUGGCGUUUCAUUUGGUUGAUGAGAGGCUUGGAGUGCCGGUUGAGAAGAGGUUUGAUUGGAAUGCUAAGAAUAUGAGCCACAUUGAGGCCGAGAAAAAAAGGGUCUUUGAUGCGAUUAACCAGGUUCCUUCUGAGCCGGUUCUUCCUGCGUUGUUGCCUUUGGAGGAGUAUGUAGGGACAUAUGUGCAUCCGGGGUAUCAGACGGUGAAAAUAUAUUUUGACCAGUCGGAGGGCGUGCUCCGUGCCGACCGGGCUAGUGCGACCUGGCCGGAGUUUUUGAAGUUCAAACAUGUUAAUGGAGAGCAUUUUAUCAUCGUAGCGAAGCAUAUUGGGGAUCUGGGGGCCUUGUUCCCUGAGGUCUAUGAGGCUGAGUUUCGAAUCGGGGAGAAGGGAAAGCCGACUGCCCUUGGGGUGGCUUGGGAGGCGACGAUGAAGGAGAAGAUUUGGUUUCCGCGGUCGGAUUGA